CGUGGAGAUGCAGAAACCCCGUCCGAGAGCAUUUUAAUUCCUGGUCUGAAGAUAACACGGAUCAAAAAUGUCAAGUCAAGAUCAGGAGAGUUACAGUUAUGAUUUCUGUGACCCAUCACACCCAACGGAGAUGCUCGAUGCUCUUAAGGAUUUUCGGGCCGAGGGGCUGUUCACAGAUGUCACCUUGUUGAGUGACUCUGGACGUGUUUUUCUCUGCCAUCGGAUGGUGCUGGCAGCCCGGAGUCCCUUCUUUCGAGCCAUGUUCACCGCAGACAUGCGGGAGAAGAGGGACAAGUGUGUGCGGCUUCCAGGCGUGGACAGCGAGGUUUUGGGUGCAGUUAUUGACUUUAUUUACACUUCAAAAGUCACUGUAACUCAAGGCAAUGUGGAGAGACUGAUGGAAGCAUCCAGUUUGCUGCAGCUGGGGUCAGUGAAGCAGGCUUGUGAGGCCUUUCUGAUCCGCCUGCUGGACGUGGAUAACUGCUUGGGCAUGCGGACUUUUGCUGAGUUGCAUAUGUGUACAAAACUUGAGAUGGAGGCCAGGAGAACCAUUCUGUCAAGGUUUGAGGAGCUUGUAGGUCAAGAGGAGUUUGUGGAGCUAAGUUCUGAACGGCUAAGAGAUGUGCUAUCACUGCCGAACCUCACGCAGAAAGAACAGACUAUGCUAGAUGCACUGGUGCGCUGGGUUAGCCAUGAUAGCCAAGCUAGGUUAAAACACACUCAGGAAUUAAUGUAUUGUUUGUGUUUAAAUUUAGAUGAGCUAAGCUUUAACUCUGCUUACAACGUGUGGGACAAUUACUUAUUCACAGAUUCAACAACUAUUCGUGCCCUGAUUGCACAAAUGCUAAAGCCUAGCUUAAACUCUUCCCACAUGACUAGCAAAAAGCCAGCUUCCAGUAUGUAUGUCAUUGGUGGGUACCACUGGCGCCCCCUAGCUGAAGUCCAUGCCUGGGAUCUGCAGACCAGAGACUCCUGGGUGCAGGGACAGGACAUGCCUGACCACACCAGAGAAAGCUACAGCGUGACUCAGCUGGGCGCAGAUGUUUAUGUUACUGGUGGAUACCACACAGACACCACAGAGGCUCUGGACACCGUGUGGGUGUAUAACGGGGACAGAGAUACGUGGACACUUGGCACUCCUAUGCUGUGGGCACGGUAUUAUCACUGCUCCGUAGCUCUGCAUGGAAGUGUUUAUGUGAUGGGAGGGUACAGAGGGGGUGCUCCCACUGCAGAAACAGAGUUCUUCGACCCUCUAAAGAGGAAAUGGGUUCCUCUAACCAGAAUGGUGCAAGGUGUGGGCAACGCCACUGCAUGUGCUUUAUAUGACACCAUCUACGUUGUUGGUGGACAUUAUGGUUUUAAAGGGGCCUGCACUUAUGAAAAGAUUCAGAUGUAUCGAACAGAUCUGAACGUGUGGAGCAUUGCAACUACCUGUCCUCACCCAGAAUAUGGUCUGUCCACCGUGACCUUGAAUAAUUGCCUUUAUCUGGUUGGGGGACAGAACGCCACAGUGGACUGCUAUGACCCAGGGAGGAAUGAAUGGAAAGAGCUUUCUGAAAUGAAGGAGAGAAGGAUGGAGUGCAGUGCUGUGGUCAUUAACGGUUGUGUUUACGUAACUGGAGGUUAUUCCCUCUCCAAAGGUGCAUACCUAGACACGAUUGAAAGGUAUGAUCCUGACACAGACACAUGGGAGAUUAUUGGAAAUCUCCCAGUUCCGACACGUUCUCAUGGCUGUGUGUGCUUGUACAGCGUGUAAAAUGUACGCUACUAUCAUAAUGUACAAAUUAAUUCUUUAGCACAAGGAGGAAGGUGUAAGGCAGCUAUCCAUUGGAGACUUUUUGUGCCAAUAAGCAAUGAGCUACUGAAUAGUGCCAUAUUUUA